CAGUUCGUUACAAAACUUGGCAUUUGCCGGAUGGAUUGGAAAUUCGAGAUUUAUUCCGAUAAGUGCAAGUUUCCCGCGUGAACGGUUUGAUAGUCUUUGAGUUGAAAUUUGACUUUAGAAAGAUUUAAAAACUGUAUAUUUCUUCCUGCUGUUUUUUUGAAAGUUACAUAGAUCGAGGUUGAAAUUGUCUUCCCAAAAAUGAAAAUUGAGAAGCCUAAAUGAAUUCAACAUAAAGUUAGACUUACUAGAUUUAACUAUGUAACUUUAUUGUGCGUGUUCUAUAAAAAAAUACUUCAAAAUGAUUAUUAAAACAUUCACAGUGCUAUCCAUCGUUUUGCUAGUAAGCAAUCUAACGAAUUGUUGUGACUUAGAAGAAUUAUUUAGUGCCAGAGAAAUUAGUUUGGAAGCUGCGUUGAAUGCGUCAGACAUAGCAUUUAGAGGUUUUUCCACUCCUGUACGAGAACAAUCCAGUAUUAUUACCGUUUAUUUUGAUCUUGUUGCAAUCUACAAAGGUGAAGGACUUUUAAUCGAAUGGAGGAAACUGAACAAUUAUUUUAGAAAAAUCAACGUCACGUUUCUAACGAGAAGCGGUUCGUCGGAGUGCCUGAUGUUAGAAAACGAAGUGCCAAGGGAUUAUAUCGUCUUUGCCAAUUUUUUAGAUGAUGAGAUACGAGCUACAUCGGCUGCUAGGUGGGACGAAGAGGCCGAUUUGAGGGUGUGGAGAAGUUUGGGCUGGAGUCAAUGGAGUGAUUGGUCAGCAUGCAGUGUAUCUUGUUCGUCGGGCAUUCAGCAACGUACCCGUCAUUGCCUGGAGGCCAAAUGUUCCGGAUUUAACAUUCAACAGAGACACUGCAAUUUAUUUGGCUGUAACGAGACUGUGACUCCGCUCAGCCUGAAAGAGGGCAAAUUUUUCCAUCCCUCGAGAGAUCGCUGGCAACCGAUUCCAGACAGGCCGACAGCAUGGCGACUCACGCCGAAUUCCUAUAUCUGGAUACCGGCCUCGGUGCUUUUUCCAGACGAGGACGGCCGGAACAUUCCAAGGGAGUUCUCCUUGGCAUUAACUAUAAGAAUUCCGAAUGUAACUCUAGGGACCGUAUUCAGCUUACGUUCACGAUCCAAACAACAAACGUAUUUAUCCUUAGAAGUAGCUGGAUCUGAUUUAAAGUUAAUUCACGCUGCCGAGACCGGCACGGACGUAGUUAGAAUACCUGCCGGAUUGGACGAUGCUCAAUGGCAUCAAAUAGCUUUUAGUGUUCGAGAUGAAAGCAUUUUGGACGUAUUCGUUGACUGUGAAUGGUCCAGGACAGAAAUUUUGCUAGCCCAUACCCUAGAUAUACCUAAUGACUGUGAUAUUAUAAUAGGUUAUUUAUUCACUGGGGAUCUAGAGCAUCUAUCAAUAAUAAAAAAUGCCCAUUCAGCCAAACUGCAAUGUUCCAGCACGCAAGUUCCAAUCGAAGAUCCGGACGUGCGAUUCACAAAGGACGGAUUCAAAUUAUUUACAAGGAAAAAUAUCGCUAAAAGCAGAAAGCAUCGUUAUUGAGUUUUGGAGAUGGCCUGAAUAAAAAUUAAAUAAAACAUUAAUGACGGAUGGAUAGAUUAUUCCAAUAUUGCUAUAUCUUUUUGUUAAUUGCAUAAGUAAUUUUAAUUUUAAAUAUUAUUGGUAUUUUGUGACAAUUUUGAAAUUUUUAUCUAGUUUGUUUCGAAUAGUUAUACACUAAAAUAUAGCCAGCCUUGAUAUAUUUAUUGUUCAUGAUAUUUUUUUUUUAAAUUUGUUACCUAGUAGAUGUAUAAAGGUGCCACAAGUCUUUUUAAACUUCUAAAUAGCUCGUUUUUUCUUUUAUAACUUUACAUAGAGACUUGAAUUGGCCAAAUAAAAUAAAUCUAGAAAAGAAAAACAAGUCUAGGGUGUAUUGUGUCAGAAAUGGACACCCUCAUACUCGCCCUAAUAGCAAAACUAAGUUAAAUGUAAUAAUACUGAAAAAAAAAAAAAUACAAAAUAAAAUUAUUGCAAAAGUUAUGAUCUUAAGAUGGAAAUUUAUUUAUAAACAAAAAUUGUAAUAUUAGAACUAUAUAAAAUUUGGAAUUUAUGGAAAAAAAAAUAUCUUAUUUGUUGAAUUAAAAUGUAUAAAAAUGUGUAUCUAAAUAGUUUUAGAAUAAUAUUCAUACAAAAUGCUAAUAAAAAUUAAGAGUAAAUAUCAAUUUAUAAGUGGUAGGUACCUGUAUGACAAUAGACCAAUAUCAAAAGGUCAUUUUACUGUUGUUUUUUUUUAUAAUAAUUAUAAAUCAAAAUACUCAAUGUAUAUCGCGUGCAUUUUGACAAUAAAUGUGUUUAAAAGUACAA